AAAAUCAUUCAAUUCAGUAUAAAUUUAGCAAUUCGCGCCACUCCGAUAGGAGUCAUUUGUCGCGUACGUACGCGAACACGUCGCGGUCCCGGCAAGAAGCACAUAAUUAAGUAUAAAAAGGCGCGUCCUGCAUUCACAGUCACCACACAGUUGAAGUUCGUCAUUGAAUCUUCCUCGAGCUCAAAAACCUCCAGUCCUAGUCAACCCUCGAAAUCACUUCCCCCUCAUUCAUUAUGGGUCACAUCUGGUCGGUGUACGUUCGCGAGACUUUUCCUCCGUCAGCGCGGUUCGGCGCGUCUGACAUCCCAGAUAUGUCCGGGAAGGUCGUUCUCGUCACCGGUGCUAAUGCAGGGAUAGGCAAAGAGACUGCCAGAGUCCUCCUCACAAAAAACGCAAAAGUCUACGUUGCUUGUCGUGAUAAGGCCAAGGGUGAAGCCGUUAUUCGCGACCUCAAGGAGAGCACUGGAAAAGAAGCUUUUUUAUUGCAACUCAACUUGGCAAACUUGCAGUCCAUCAAGGUUUCUGGAGAAGAAUUUCUGCGGAGAGAGCCCGUACUACACGUCCUGUUCAACAACGCAGGGGUCAUGACACCUCCUAUAGAGAUGUUGACGGACGACGGUUAUGACCUGCAAUUCGGCACAAAUGUCCUUGGUCACUUCUACUUCACGAAAUGUAUCAUGCCUGCACUUUUAGCGGGUGCCGCGCAAUCAUCUGACGGAAUUGCACGCAUUGUGAACACGGCUUCUAAUGCCCACUGGUUCGGUAGUCUGGACUACAACACGUUCAAGGACUCUCCCGCCAGGAGAAAGAAGAGCCCUAUGAUUCUCUAUGGUCAAAGCAAAAUGGGGAACGUUUUAUUUGCAGCUGAGGUAGCAAGACGGUAUGGCGACCAGGGUAUAGUCUCAACAGCACUCAACCCCGGUGGUACCAAGACGGAGCUUUCCCGUUACUACGACUCCUUCAGCAAAGUGAUAGGCAACAUGCUUUUCCAUGAUGUUUCAUUUGGCGCGCUCACGCAGUUAUAUGCUGGAACCACUGCAGAAGGAGCGAAUCUCAACGGAAAGUAUCUUGUUCCUUGGGCACGCAUUGGAUACACACAUGCGGACGGACAGGAUCCACAGCAGGCCUCGGAGCUGUGGAACUGGCUUGAGGAACAGGUCAAGGACGUUUAGAUACCAUCGAUUCUCCGGCUGGUCAUGUCAAUACUGUACGGUUGUAUUAUUUCGUAUCUUUAGAUGUGUUCGUUUCAUCGUUCGGUUAGGAUUGAUACCCAUAUUUCAUGCAAUCCCUCGAUUUCGUCACGAACUGUUCAACGUUCAACUCCUGGAAAAGGAAACAGAUCAUCCUGUUUUGGGGAGAUCUUUCGUGGU